AUGAGGCUGGCGGCGUACGCUGGGGUCUCUGUGGCCCUGGCUGCGGGCGUGAUCUUGAAGGCGCUGCAUCAGAGAGCGAAUUUCUAUUCAGCUGCCGUCUAUCUCUCCCAGAGCAGUGCCAACUUGAUGAUCUUGACGAACCUGUUUCUUAUUGCCGCUGGUUUCACCCUCUACGGUCUGCAACGACUUCUCUACGGCCCGCUUCGACCCAUCGAGACAGAGCAGCUCUACGAGAAGGCAUGGUUCGCCGUCACAGAAACAUGUUUGGCCAUGACGAUAUUCCGGGGGGAGCUGGGGGGAUGGUUCUUGGUCAUGUUUGUCUGCCUCCUGGUUGGCAAGGUCUGGGGUUGGAUUGGGGAAGGUCGCGUCGAGAUCUUGGAGCAGCAACCACCAGCCAACCCCCGUCUCUUCCACGCGCGCCUCGCAACCUCCCUCAUCCUCUCCGUCCUCUUCGACUCGCUCAUGUUGGAAUACUCGGUGAGAACGGUUCUCGAACAGGCCCGCCCUGACAUGAUGGUGAUGUUUGGAUUCGAGUUCGCUGUCUUGACCAUUCUGUCAACCUCCACCCUCGCCCGGUACGGCAUCUCCCUGGUCGAGCUCUACAUCAACCACCAGCAGAAGAAAGCCAAACUGGCGGAACGGAGGGCGGAGAUACGUGCAGCCAGGGAGGAAGCAAUCCGGCGGCAUCGAGAAUCCGGGGCGGAGGGCCUUCCGGCCAACCUGCCGGACGAGAACGACGUGGACGAGAUGGAACUCGACGUGCCAGGCUGGGAGGAGAAGGGUCGCUGGGUGUUCUACCUGGAAUUGGUGACGGAUUUCCUGAAGCUGGUCGUAUACUUGGCUUUCUUUGCGAUCCUCUUUACGUUCUACGGUCUUCCGAUCCACAUCCUGCGCGACGUCGUCGUGACUAUUCGUUCCUUUGGCCGGCGGAUUAUGGAUUUCCUCCGAUAUCGCAACGCCACCAGGGACAUGCAUGAACGGUAUCCGGAUGCGACAGCGGAGGAGAUCUCUCGGGAGGAUGUCUGUAUCAUCUGUCGCGAGGAGAUGGUGCCGUGGCAGCCAGCAGGUGGCGAUGGCGGUGCGGCAAGGCCGAGACCGACCUCUGAUCGAUUGCGUCCGAAGAAGCUCCCAUGCGGUCACAUUCUUCACUUUGCCUGCUUACGAAGCUGGCUCGAACGGCAGCAGAAUUGUCCCACCUGUCGUCGCCCAGUGGUUGUGCCACGGAACCGGCCCUAUCAGGCUGGCGGCGCGAACAAUGCUGGACAAGGAAAUGCCGCGCCUGGACUUCAACCGGGAUUAAAUCAGCCCGCAGGAGCCAAUGCGGGCGCCGGUGACGGGCAGCCCCGGGCUCGAAUAUACCAGCUUGGUCCUUUUCGCAUUGGAUUCGGGGCUGGCCGCGGAGACCUGCUCCAAAAUCUCCAUCAUCAGAUCCAACAAGGAAACAACCCCCUGGCCGCGGUCAACCCUCCCGCGGGGGUGCAACAGAUAGGCUUUGGCUUUGGUUUUGGGCGUCCUGCUGCUGCUGCUGCUGCUGCUCCUCAGCCCCAACCUCAGCCUCAGCCCCAGCCCCAGGGCCAGCCUCAGUCUGCUCCUGCACAGCAGACGGCCGCUCCCCAGACGAAUCUGGCCAAUGUGCAGAGCCAGCUGCAGCAGAUCGAGCAGCAGAUCGUACAGGAGAUCAAUAACCUGCGGGUGACAGCAGAUCAGUUGCACGUUGUGCGCCUUCUCCAAGCAGAACUGCAGCGGCUACGAAACCUCCAGGCCAACCCCCCUCGCCCGGGCGGCGCUUCUCCCCACCCUCCUCAGACGACUUCUUCCACGUCCCCUGCCCCUUCUUCCUCAACGUCUCUUAACACCGCAACUCGCCAAUUCACCUCCAGCCCGCUAACACCAGUGAUUGGGGCUGGCGACAGCCGGCUUCCGGAGGGUCUCGUUCUGCCGCAAGGCUGGACGUUAUUGCCUCUCCACCGUGUCGACCCUGUGACGGGGGCGGUGAUGCUGCCUAACUUUCCUCCCAGUUCACAGGCAACCACUGCCAAUGGCAAUUCAUCAGCGGCUCCCUCGGCGGAUCGUCCUACGGGAGGUGAUCAAGCAACUCGUGUGGAUGUCGUCGACGGGACAAGUGAGUCCACUACUCAGCAGGAGUCUGCUACUCAACAGGAGGCGACGACAAGUGAGUCCGCUGCUCAACAGGAGUCGUCUGCGCAGCAAGAACCUGCUGCUGAGCCCGACCGAACGGAACAAGCGAGCAGUACAUCUGCGCGGCCGAGUUCGCCCUCUCAGGAAUGGACGGACGUAGGACAAGACACACUACGGGAAGGUAAGAAUCAGCCUGCGGCAGCGGAGUCAUCUGAAUCUGGCGAGGCCGCCGCUGCGGCAAGCUCCAGCGAACCGUCAUCGUCGUCGAAAGGCAAGGCCAAGGCGGCGACGGUGGAAGACUUUGAGGAUGAUGAAUCAUGA